CUCGAAAUUGCACGCGUUGUGUAAUUUAGUUAACCCAGUGAAUAGUCACGUUGUUUCCUCUCCUUCGCGAUUUUCUUGUGUCGUAGUUUGAAUUUCAAGUCUUUUCUGAAAGAGCGAGGGCCUAAAAGUCUUCAAAACUUCAGACGUUUUGGUGUGUUUUUUUUUUAACGCGCGAAACCUUGUGUUUUAUCAGAUAUAAAAUACCAUCAUGUAAAGCCUUCUAAAGUUAAGGAUUUGGUUAAGAAAGACGACGUUUGUAUAACCCACGAAGACGAGGAUUAUCAGGAAAAAGAAAUAAAUUAACGUUAUUGUUGAACGUCGUCAUACUCAGAAACUUUAUUUACAUAUUUAUUAUUUAUUUACAACUAGCUUAGCAACUCGGUCAAAGAAGGUGUAGCCUUUAAAAGCCAAUUUGACCGUAAACAUUCACAAUUUAUUUAAAACGUCAAACUGAACUCGUCUCGUGACUGCGGGCGGAUGAGGAUUUAAUUGAAAAGCACCAUGGCUGUAGAAGGUGGAGCGAAAUGUAUCAAAUACCUGCUCUUUUUCUUUAAUUUAAUCUUCUGGCUGUGUGGCCUGGCCUUAAUAAUUCUGGGGUUAUUGGCUAAAGUUUCUAUCAACACCACGGUUGUCACCAAAGGAUACUCUGGGUCUCCUCUAGUGCUCCUAGUGGUGGGAGUCGUCAUCUUAUUCAUCGCAUUCUUUGGCUGCUGUGGUGCCUGGAAGGAGAAUUAUUGCAUGGUCACAACGUUUGCUGUUAUUCUCUCCCUUAUCAUCAUCGUUGAAAUUGGAGCUGCCAUCGCUGGAUAUGUAUUGCGUAGGAACCUGACUGAUGUGCUGAAUAAAGCCUUUGACGGCAUGAUCACAGGAUACAAUGAAACAGACAACCGUGAAGCCAUUGAUGCCAUACAGCAACAGUACAAGUGCUGUGGAGGAAACUCCUCUGAUGAUUGGUUGAAAUCGAAAUUCAUCCCUACCAAUUCAGUCCCAGACACCUGCUGUAAAAAUAACACUAAGAAUUGUGGUAAUGGAGCUAUCCACGAUACCAACAAAAUCUACACAGAGGGAUGUCAGCCCAUUCUGGACAAAUUUCUAAAGCAAAAUAUCCUGUGGCUCGCUGUGGGAGCUCUGGUCAUUGCAUUUGUGCAGAUCACAGGUAUCGUGUUGUCCUGCAUUCUGAUGCGAGCCAUCCGCAGCGGUUAUGAGGUCAUGUGAUCACAUCUGGUUACAGCACUUCAUCCAUUUCAGCACAUCACUUAAAGCUCUUAAGAGACUGUUCAGGUGUUUUUAAAGCUAUUAUAUAAAUGCCAAUUAUUUUCCCCCUUGCUGUGUGAGUUGACAGUACUCAUUUUCUUUGAGAAUGAAAUAUCUAUGACGUCUGUGCUUCUGUGAAUAAUCCAGUAGAUUAGUCUCCUGUUAAAUCUCUGAUUUAUACUUUAGACAUUGUUUUAAACUUGAUCUUUACUGCAGUGACAUUCCUUUGGGUUACAGGACAACAAUCAAUGAAUUACUGAUAUGCCAAAUUUUAUACAUUUAUAAAACAUUCGUGUCAAAAAAUAAGGAAUAAAAUGUUCUAAACAAC